AUGCCGAUUCAAUUGCAUCAUGAAGAAGGGGAUGAAACAUACCCACAUCAUAAUGAUAUAUUUAAAGAUGAACAUGAACCUAAUAUUUUGACUAGAUUUAUUAAUAGUGUACGAUGCUAUAAUAUUCCAAUUAUUAAUUUUAUAAUAUUAUUGAUUUUGGGCAUAUUUUUAAUUAAACUAACUACAAAAUAUACUAAUUUAUAUAUGAAAAAUUCAUUGAUUACAAUAAUAAUUACAAAUUUGGUAUUGUAUGGAAUAUCAGAAACUUUAGCUCAAUCAAUAUUAUGUUAUAGAAAUGAUCAACCAAUGAUUAAUUAUAAAUUACAUGAAUCUAGUGGUAGAAAUAAUAAUAAUGGAAUUGUACUUCAUAGUGGAAUUGAUGAUUUAGAAGAAGGACAUGUUGAAGAAGAAGAAGAUAAUAAUAAUGAUGAUGUUGUAGUAAUACCUUUAAGUUUUUUCAAAUUUAAUCGUUUGGCAGGGUUUAUGUGUUGGGGUUUUAUUAUGGGAUUUUGUCAAUGUCUUUGGUAUAAAUUCUUACAAAUUUAUUCUCAAGAGCCAAAAUUUAUUGAAGUUUUAAGAAAAGUUAUGACGGAUCAAUUUUUAUAUUCUCCUGUUUCAUUAUUUUGUUUCUUCACAUAUGGUACUAUUAUAUUGGAAGAUAAAACUUGGGAAGAUGCAAAAAUAAAACUAAAAAAAAUCUAUAUACCAACGUUAUUUGUCAAUUAUUCAGUUUGGUUCCCAGUACAAUUUUUUAAUUUCUUGGUGAUUCCUCGAAGCUUCCAAGUACCUUUCAGUUCUUCCAUAAGUGUGUUGUGGAAUUGUUAUUUAUCAAUGAGAAAUUCAACAAACUAA